CAGUCAAACACGAUGCCUGCCGGUAAGCGAACAAGACCAAGCUGGUUUGAUGGUUCGAAGUAGUACCUGUAUCAAGUACUGAGUAAUAGCCGAUAUCUUUCUUGUCGAAUUCGAACAAUUGAAAUAGAAGGUAGUAAUGGAAAACUAGGGUUGGGCACGUGCGCAGGCAUCAUCGAGUUCUAUUACUCACGGUUCUAUUACUCACGGUACAACAUGACUUCUCGCCAUCCUCAUGUUGUUCCUGAGAAAACAUCAUCCCCUCCCUCUCGGUCCUACCUUGGUUCCUUAAGGCAGGCAGUACGUCUCGCAAGUUUGAAAAACAGUUCCUCGAGCUACUUCGGAAGUUCGCGAAAGCUAUCCCCUGGAACAUCAAAUUUUAUAGCUCGUGCUUCGUCUGGCUCAUCGGAACCGAUACAUUCAUCAAUGAAGGCGUCUACGAUAUCUUCUGCGGAGCCAGAGGAAGAAGGAGAUACUGCUAAGAACAGCACCAACUCCUGGAGUGGCACUUAUCCAAAAAUGCAGAGUUCUCCCCUCUUAUCCCACGACAAGGAUGCAAAAGAUGCUCCAAGUGCGGUCAUGCACUGGAGCCGCGCUCCAGUAUACGGAACGUUCCCUCCGAAGAUGCGAAGACCUUCUGUGACCCUCUUAGAUAAUGUUGCUUGGGUUUUUGGUGGCUACCAUAUGGGUGUUGGAACAAGCGAUAUAUAUUAUUUUGAUACAGAUACAAUGCACUGGUCCCGACCCGAUACGGUGGGCAGCCCUCCUUCGCCGCUUGGCGGACAUACUGCCACUCGCGUCGGUAGAAAGAUCGUCAUAUUCGGAGGUGGUGACGACGAGACAUGUUUCAAUCAUGUGUAUGUCUUUGACACGACUAUGCGUGAGUGGUCGCGUCCGGUCAUCAUGGGCCGUGAACCCUCCCCAAGGCGAGCUCAUUCUGCCGUGCUGUACGAUAAGAAGAUUUGGAUAUUUGGCGGAGGAACCGGAGCUGGUGCACUUGACGAUCUAUGGACCCUGGACGUUUCGGACAUGAAUAACAUGCGAUGGAAACUGAUAACGACAGAUGGCUCUCAAGAAAAAGAAGAACCCUGCGCGAGGGGGUAUCAUACCGCCAAUUUGGCGGGGAAAUACAUGAUUGUCAUUGGAGGGAAGUCCCAGUCAAGAGCCUGUUUGUGGGAUAUAUGGUUCUUUAGUUUUGUAGAUCUAAAAUGGCAUGCCAUCGACAUACCAAAAAGGAAUCUACAUGUUCGUUUCGCGCACACGUCCACGCUGGUUGGAUCCUAUCUCUUCAUACAAGGCGGCCACGACGGGAAUGAUCACACUUCCGAAUUGCUCACCUUCAAUAUACACGAAAUGCGGUACGAGAAACGACAUGUAUGUGGAACUCCGCCCAGUCAGCGGGGAUAUCAUGCAGCUGUUCUUGAUGAAAGCCGGCUAUUUGUCUUUGGAGGACACGACUUUAAGACUGGCUAUUGUGAUGUGCAUGUUCUUGAUUUAGCUGGUUUGGCCUACCUUCCACAGGUUAUCGGAUUUCAGGUUGAUUUAUAGGCCAUUUUCAGAGGAACGUCGGAGGUGACAAUAUGUCGAUUUACUUCAGCUGGACGAUGUAUGUACUACCAAAUUUGUAUUCUGCAAUGUACUUGACUGCUUAACA